CCCUCUCGCUCUCUCUCUAUCCGUUCUGCAUCGCCGUGGGGCGUCGUUUGCUUUGCGCAUUCCGGUUCGUGUCGUUCGCUGAGGGAAUUCGGGAAAUGGAAGCGAAAAUCGGGCGGUUCUUCGAUUCGGUGGGCGGCUUCUUCAAGGGCGACGACCUGAUCCCCUGGUGCGACCGCGAUAUCAUCGUCGGCUGUGAGAGAGAUGUUGCAGAAGCUGCCAAUGGUGGUUCAGAUGAGCUCAAAAGUGAUAGCAUAAUGAGGUUAUCAUGGGCCCUUGUUCAUUCUAGACAACCAGAAGAUGUGCAGCGAGGGAUAGCCAUGCUUGAAGCUACCUUAGGGAACACGAAUACCCCUUUACAACAGAGGGAGAAGCUGUAUCUUCUGGCUGUUGGAUAUUACAGAAGUGGGGAGUAUUCCAAAAGCUUGCAGCUUGUACAGCGAUGUUUGGAGAUUGCACCUGAUUGGAGGCAAGCGUUGACACUCAAAAAGACUGUUGAAAGUCGAAUCACUAAGGAUGGUGUAAUCGGAAUAGGCAUCACGGCAACUGCCGUUGGACUUGUAGCUGGUGGUAUUGCAGCAGCAUUGGCUCGCAAGAAAUGAUAAAUCCAAUUUAUCUUUGGAACCUUUGGCCAGGAAAAAAGUACCUGUAUUACCUGGAUUCUGAAACUGGGUUAUUGUUGCUCUUUUAAAGUUUUUUACCAAAGCAUCAUGAAACGAGAUUUGGAUGCUCCAUAUUUUGUAUGUAUGCGCCAAAACCUUCUUGCAAGCGGGUCUCAUUCUCCAUUGUCA